CCUCUCUCCCUCAGCAUCACACCCCUCGUACACGCUGUCCUCAAAACCUCCGGCGGCACUGUACGCGUCGGUCUGUGUGUGCUGAGCCGUCAGGGAGGAGGAGGAGGUGGGAUCUAAGCUUCUGGUGGUAGUGGGCUAGUAUACGUUGACGGGCGAGACGUGCAGGUCGUCAUUAACCGCGAUUCUCACUGGUUGUUUUGGGCCCAUCGCAGGAUUCCCUCCCCCCCAACCUCCCCACGCAACAUCUCUGCGAACGACAUACACUCAUCCACCGCUGUCUUUAAUUAUCGCCGUUUUCCUCUCCCCGCGGAGAUCCCAGCGAGGCUUCCCGUUAACCGCAACCGCCACCAUCGUCAACAUCACGGGCGAACGGGGGGCUGUGUUGAUGACCGGGUCGCCCUGCUGCGGUGUUUUGGUGAUGUUGAAAUAAGGCAGCUCUCGUCGUCAGGACAGUCUUCGCUUUCACUUUGGGGUCGGUUUGUCGCUUUUUUCCCCCAACUUCUCUAAAAUAAAGCCUUCCAGCACCCCGAGAGUGUGUGUGUGUGUGUGUGAAGAAACACACACCAGAAGAGCACGGCUACUACUGGGGCUGAGGGAACCGCUGAAUAUCCAUGAGCUCCGACUUCCCACACUACAGUUUCAGGAUGCCAAAUAUAGGGUUCCAGAACCUUCCCCUUAACAUCUACAUUGUGGUGUUUGGGACAGCCAUCUUUGUCUUCAUCCUCAGCCUCCUCUUCUGCUGCUACUUAAUAAGGUUACGGCACCAGGCACACAAAGAGCUAUAUGCAUACAAACAGGUCAUUCAGAAGGAAAAAGUCAAAGAGUUAAAUUUGCAUGAGAUAUGUGCAGUGUGCUUAGAAGAGUUCAAGCAGAAAGAUGAGCUGGGGAUCUGCCCAUGCAAACAUGCCUUUCAUAGGAAGUGCCUCAUCAAGUGGUUGGAGGUGAGGAAAGUGUGCCCGCUGUGCAACAUGCCUGUCUUGCAGCUCGCCCAACAGGCCGGCAGCAUGGAUGCCACAGUGCCAAUAGAGCAGCCUCUGCCUGGGAUCGAGAACCUGGUGUAGCGGACUCAAAAACCUCUCUUACAGUACACUACAGUCACACAACCCAUCACUCAUACGCUCACCUGUACAGGUACACUUCGGUAUGAGUCUGUGGACCGACCGGAGAAAACUGGAGUUACUGCGUAGAUACUCAUAAGAACUGUGAAUCUGCGCCUCUCUUAUCCUUGUAUCGUUCUCAGAAAGGAUUUCCUGAUAUCAGUUCAGACUGAUAAUCAACUGCUUUCAUGUUUUGGUUUUUUUUUCUUUUUCUUUUGGCGGACAAUGAAGAAGAUGAUAAAGAAGAAGUUUCGUUCUUGGCCAAGACGUGGUCGAUAACUUUCUCACAACCAAAGCACUUUUUCUGGGAACACCAGCUAAAGACCAGGAGAAAUCACAAAAGCCAAGAACUACAAUACACUAAAACAUAAAUUGUUGUUUUGUUUUUUUUAACAAGCACUUUAUGAGAAGUCGAACCUUAAUUGCUUGUGAUCUUAGUAGCAAGGUCAUGUUUUAUAUUUUAUCAUUAACUAUUAUUUCUAUGUACAGUACAGAGCCACAUGAGUUUUCACUUUUAAUUGGUAAACUUUUGAUUUUUAAACAUACAAAAUAUUUGAAAGGGACAACAAUACCUUCAGUAUGUCGGUAGAUGUCAGGAAAUUGGACAGUGCUUUGUGGCAUAAUUGCACACACACACACACACACACAAAAUUAAGCUCAAAGCAACCUCGAGACAUUACGUCUGACUAAAUGUGAAAAGUUUGAAUGUGUUGAAACCCAGAAAUCUUCACACAAAGCCUACAGAAUUUUGUUUACCCUCUUCACCUGUUUGUCAUUCGCUAACAAUGUGACUCUUGUUAUUAUCCAUUUAUCUUAUUCUGUCAGUACAGGAAGGGUUAGGGAGAUGCAGAAGAACAAUUUUAUUUUCAUUAAAGGACUAUACCAGAUAGCUUCCUAUACAUACGAGUACUGGUAGGUAAGUGCAGGCUUGAUAAACCCUGGACAGAAAAGCAAUCCAGGACUUCUCCAACAAAAAAUCAGACUAUUUCAACUACUGUGAUUAUCAGUAUUAGCGUUAUAAACUGGUGCUUUAUAUAUAGACCCGUUAAACAGAACAAACACCAGAAAUGAUAUUAAUGAUAUUAAACGGAAAGAUCUAGAACAUGUAACCUUAAUGUUUCAGUUUGAUUUUGGUUAGCUGCUGCAUCGAGCUAAGUAAUUGUUACAGUGGCUUGUUUCCCAAAACAGAAAUUCCAAAAGUCUAACUGUCCUGAUGAUUUAUCUUGAACUAGUGUUGCAUAUCCUGCAAGAAAAUGAUUGCAUAUUUAGGAAUAGACCAGGAUGAAGCAAGCUUUUGCCUUCCCAGCUGUUUAACACCUACGUAACACGUGCUGCAGACACAGUUGCAGUUAGUUUUGCUUCCGCCCUGAAAGAUCAUUCGUAUUUUUAAAUUUUUUAUUUAUUAUAAUGUCUUGGUACAGCCGCAUAGAUCGAACGAGUAAGCAGACCGACACCUGUGUCAGAAUCACUGCCCUCAGCAUAUCAUCAGCAUAUUGUUUGCUUAAGAUACACUCUACUUUGUAAAACACACACACAUGCGCAGAGGGAGGGGCUCGAGCCGUCCCCUGCCCGGGCUGCCAGAGAGUCUGUGGUCAGCAGGUUGUAAUAAUGCAGCAUUUUCAUUCAUACACAAACACACACAUACAGGGUAGUUGUGCUUUUUUGGCUGCAGCAUUCUGGUGCUUUCGCCACUCUCUCCCUUUUUCUGUACGGUACAGGGUGCUUUUUGUUUUGCGCCACACUACAGUGACUCUGAGCCCCCUCUCUUUUUGUCCACGUCCCUUGUUAGCUGCAUUUAGUGAAUGUGUUGUGGGUAAAUGUGCUGAUCUACAAGGGUUGCUUUAAAAACAGCUGCGCUUCAGAGUGAUGGACCUAAGAUAAGCUGGAGAAUGUCUUUUACCUGUGAUAUGUAUUGUCAGAUGACAAUCACACAUUAUGUUUAAAGGCACAAUCUGUCCAAAUGUAAACAAAGGAUUAGUCCCACUAUAAGAAAAUAAAACUUGCUCAGGACUGACACAAUUUAUCUAAUUUUGCAAUGUGUUGUGGUGCUGUAAACAGCUUCCAAAAUAACCAGAGCAACUAAUAAUCAAUUGAUUGAUUCCUUGUCAGCUAUUGUAUACAUUUUCAAAAUACUUUGAUAAUCAAUUAAUCAUUUUUUAAAGAAAAAAAGCCAAAUUCUUUGAUUCCAGUUUCUUAAAUGUGAAUAUUUUCUGGGUUCUCUGCCCCUCUCUGACAGUCUACUGACUAUCUUUAGACAAAACAAGACAUUUUAGGCCUCUGGGAAACACUAAUCGACAUUUUCACCACGGUCUGACAUUUUACAAUUCACACAACUAAUUGAUUAUUUGAAGAAAAAAUUGGUCAAAUGGAUUAAUAAACAGUGAAAAUAAGCUGCAGCCCUGGAAGAACAAAUGACUAAACAGGCCUCCAAUUGGUGUAGAAACAACACCACCAAAAUCCAGUUUUAGUCAGACAACAAAAUGUGUCUGGAUUGUGCUUUAAAAAAUGCUAAAUCAUCUAACUCCAGCUACUCUGUCAUGUAGUUAAACAGGAUUAUGGACGGUUUUAAAAGGAGACAGUGCGUGUCAUCUUUUAUGGCAGGUGAGCAUUGUGACUCCGACCUCUGUGGUGCGAAUGUUUGUCAUCUCUGUUGAAUGUCUGCCCAACCCCCCACAGGUAUGACCUCCCGCGGUUGGGUCAGAGCUUGCUGCAAGGUGAAAAUGUCAGCUCUGAGAUGAGAGCCAAAACAGGAUUUCUCUCCCCUCUGUGAGUCAGUUGUUCCACGCCCUUAACGAGGUCCAGACCUCUGACACAUGAGGAACUAUUAACAUUUUAAAGCAGCUCAAAUUCAAUUGUCCACAUUUGCGUCAUUUCAACAAAAACUGGCACAGUUACAAAAAAAGAAAUCAACCAGGGCUGUGUUCAUUCGCAAUAUCAUAUAAUGAUAAUACUUUAUCAGAAAGUCCUUGUUAUUGCCUUGUCUGUCAAUGAAGAGGUUGUGGUUUUAUAUACAGUGUGUUGUGUGAUGUACAGUGUUUGGUACCUUUUUUUUUUUUUUGUUGCCUCGUUAGUUCUGAAGAGGCUACGACUGUUUCUCAACGUGUAUCUCAACAUUCUCUCUCAUACCCUUAUCCCCAAAGCCUCACUCUAUAAACAAUACAACGGAGAGUAUUUCUGCCCAUCGCCAGAAAGAUGACAUAUUUUGUAGCUCAAUGCUAGUAACGCAAGUCUUAAAGCUUUGUUCCUGCUAACGAUGUGUCUCAGAAUGUAAGGUUCGCGAGUGAAAACCAAGAAUACGAGGAGAUUUAAUGUGAAAGCAUGCUAUUUUGCAUAGUGAAGUUGCCACUGAUAUCACCAUUUUUAAAUGUAUGUAGAGAGUAGUAUCAGUAGUAGUGUAUUUAUACAUGAGGUGCACAAAAAAAAGCUCCUUCAUAACAAACUAAAUGGCAGCUGAACACUUCCUGCCAUUUGGCCAUCUUAAGUGUUGUGUUUGAUUGUAAACACUUUUAGCCUUUUCCACCUGAACUUUCCUGUUUCCUUCCUGUGUGCCGUCCUAAUCCCACUGAAAACAAAGUGCCAACUCAGAAUGAGCUUAAAAAAAAAAAAAAAGAUGAGAAAGAUGAGAUUAUAGACGAGGGUCGAGCGUCAGAUUUAUGUCCAAAAACAGAAUGGAAACUGAGCCGGUCGUGAAUAUAGUAAUAAAUGGCUUCCCGCAACUGAAAUGGCCAUUGACGUCACUGCUGCUGCUGAGUAAACUCCAUUAUAAAUAGACGAGACACAAUCAGAUGGAAUACGACGGGCGGGAACACCGAUUUGCAUCAAACAUUUAAGAGAAGAAAGUGUCUGAAUGAUGGCAUCAGAGGCCAUUUAUAUUAUUGUCCCUUGAUGGCGGACAUUGUUGUAGAAGAAAAAAACGUUUUAGUUAAAAAAACAAAAAGAAAACACACACACACACACACACACACACACAUCCUCUGUAGAUGAGGACUUUCACCGUUCAUCCAUGGUUGGUUUUAGCGACCAGACCCUUUAGGAUUAUCAAUCUCUAUCACUGCCUCCCUGAAGUGAACUUUCUCUGUUUGUAUGGUGUGUUAUUUAUUCCCAUGUAGCUCUCGUAAUGCCCUUCCAACUCACAAAUAACUUCUCUGUCCAAACAAACCUCCCACCUCUACUCCCCCCCCCAAACCUGCCCACACACCCCUUUUUGUUAACACUGAUUAUGUUUGUGGACUCUCACAGACAUUGUUUGUAAAACUAAGAAUUCUGCAGCAGAAUAUUUUUGGAGACAAUUGCUGUACAGUAUUUGUAAGCUCUAUUUUUGUAUAUUGCUAUUUUGGAGAAAAUAAUAUGCAUUUUUUUUUUCUUUUCUUGUUUUUGCUAAUUUCAUGUUUAUUCAUUUUAAGAAAAUGUUGCAUGUGACUGACUUGAACUGUAAAUAAAAUUUCCAAGUUUUGGGAAGA